UAUAAAAUGGCGCAGUAAGGUCUCACAACAACACGACGGUUGCUCUGCUGUAAUUCAAAUCGAGUUUCAGUUUUUCAAGUUCCUUGCUAAACCACCCGGCUACGCCUUUAAAAUGGGAGUGAACUUUCACUUUCGUUUAGUAUUCCAGAUGGGAACAGGCAGAUAUCUAUGUAUGCCGAACUCCGUAUAGACCGCUUUAGGUUUUGUUUUGAAAAAUCCCCACUGUGGUAUUUUAAGCCUAUUUACCGGAUUAGCUUUCAUACUGUGGCCGCAUUUCCAGGGUUUUUUUUUCUUUUGCGGCUAGCCUCAAUGCGAUGAAGUCUGUGCUGUGGAUUCUGACAGCCCUGCUCGCUCAGCAGGCCCAAUGUAUACUGAGGAAAUAUUAUUUAGCUAUAAGAGAGGAAGACUGGAACUACGCACCCAGCGGACAUAAUCUGAUCAAUAACAGAAACAUUGAUGAAGACGAACAUGCAUCUGUUUUUCUCUCAUCUGGCCCUACUCGAAUAGGGAGUGUUUACCGAAAGGCUGUAUACAGACAGUACACAGAUGACUCUUAUUCAACAGAGAUCUCCAAACCUGACUGGCUUGGCUUUCUUGGACCUAUUUUACGGGCUGAGGUUGGUGAUGUCAUGGAGGUCCAUCUGAAGAACUUUGCAAGCAGGCCGUAUUCCCUUCACCCACAUGGAGUGUUUUAUGAGAAGGAUUCAGAGGGUGCACUUUACCCAGAUGGUACGUCUGGUCAUAAUACGAGUGAUGAUGCAGUGUCUACAAAUAUGAGACACACAUACACCUGGAGAGUCACAUCAGAAUAUUCUCCUACUGAAGCAGAUGGUAGCUGCCUCACUUGGAUUUACCAUUCACAUGGUGAUGCACCAAAAGAUAUUGCAUCAGGUCUUAUAGGAGCUCUCCUCACUUGCAAAAAAGGCAUUUUGGACUCUACUAGCUAUAAGCGCUUAGAUGUGGAUGAAGACUUCAUUCUGAUGUUCAGUGUUGUGGAUGAGAAUUUGAGCUGGUACUUGAAAGAGAAUGUAGAAAGAUUCUGCUCUGACCCAGAUAAAACUAAAGAAAUCAUACAUGAUGGGGAUGAGGAUUUUAGAGAGUCCAACCUUAUGCACUCAAUAAACGGAUAUGUUUAUGGUAAUUUGCCCGCACCAAAAGUGUUUGUGGAUAAGCCUGUGUCUUGGCAUCUCUUCGGCAUUGGCAAUGAGGUGGACAUUCAUUCUGCCUACUUCCAUGGCCACACCCUCCUAGAUCGUGGGCACCGCACAGAUGUCCUCAGUCUGUUUCCUGCCACUUUUGUCACUGCAACAAUGAUUCCAAGGACAGAAGGAAAAUGGAUGUUAAAUUGCCAAGUUAACAAUCAUUUACAAGCGGGAAUGCAGGGUUUCUAUGAAGUCGUGGCUUCUGGAUCUACAGACUCUCCGGCAAAAACCCCUGGCACUGAGAGACAUUUCUACAUUGCUGCUGAGGAGGAGUAUUGGGACUACGCUCCUUCAGGCAGGAACUACAUGAAUAAUACAUCACUUACUGAUCCAGACAGUGACUCUGCAAAGUUCUUCAGUCAUGACAAUGGCAAGCUGGGUGGAAAAUACUUGAAAGCCAGAUACAUUGCAUACACUGAUGAAUCAUUUACUACCAAGAUACACAUUGAUGGCUCGGACCUGCAUCUUGGUAUUCUAGGUCCUGUCAUCAGAGCAGAGACUGGUGAUGUUAUCAUUGUAACAUUCCUAAAUAAUGCUACACAUGCCUAUAGCAUUCAGCCACAUGGACUGCAUUAUGAAAAAGCCUAUGAGGGAUCUAUGUAUCAGGAUGGUACUCAGAAAAAUGGAGCCUCAGUGGCUCCAGGUACAAAAUUCACCUAUAUUUGGAAUGUAACAGAAGGUCCCUCUGACAGUGACCCUCCCUGUAUUUCAUACUUGUAUUAUUCCUCUGUUGAUCCUUUUCGUGACACAAACUCUGGCCUAGUUGGGCCCUUACAAGUGUGUAAAAAAGGCAUUCUUGAUCGGAGUGGGCAUCAGAAUGCUGACAAAAUUCAGCAUGAGUUUUUUCUGCUAUUCACUGUGAUGGAUGAAAAUGAAAGCUGGUAUCUGGAAGAAAACAUUCAAAAGUUUGGCAGCAGUGAGACGAAUCAAGAUGAUGAAGAGUUUCAGGAGAGCAAUAAGAUGCAUGCGGUGAAUGGGUACAUGUAUGGAAACCUUCCUGGACUAGAGUUGUGUUUUGGUGAACAUGUUGUGUGGCACACACUUGGCUUAGGCACAGAAGUGGAUAUCCAUGGAAUAUAUUUUCAGGGCAACACGUUUGAACGAGAUGGGACAAACCGUGACACUCUCAAUCUUUUCCCACAUACCACAGUGACUGUUAACAUGACACCCAAUAAUAAUGGGGUGUUUGAGCUAAGCUGUCGUACAGGUAAUCACUACAAUUCAGGUAUGCAGCAACAUUACAAAGUAAAAGUCUGCUCAGCAGAGAGUCCUCCACCAGAACAUUUUACAUCUGAUAUACACUACUACAUAGCUGCAGAGGAAGUUACAUGGAAUUAUGCGCAAGAUUAUAAUUGGCAACUAGAGAAGCACAAGACUACAAUAGAGGACAGCCCUAGAAGUUUUUACCUUAAUAGGUCAAGUGAUCGGAUUGGUGCUGAGUAUAAAAAGGUGGUGUUCCGUGAAUAUGUAGAUGGGACAUUUACCCAAAUGAAACCAAGGAAUCCAGAGGAGGAGCAUUUAGGGAUAAUGGGACCCAUACUUAAGGCUGAGAUUGGUGAAAAAAUUCAAGUUGUGUUUAAAAACAAAGCCAACAGACCAUAUUCUCUUCAUGCCCAUGGAGUAAAGACCAGUGAAGCCCAUCAGCAUCAUGUUAAACCAGGUCAAGUGGUAACAUACAACUGGACCAUUCCAGCACAAUCGGGUCCAGGCCCCAAUGAUCCUAACUGUAUAACAUUUGCAUACUAUUCAACUGCCAGCUAUGUUAAGGACUUGAUGAGCGGUUUGGUUGGUCCACUGAUAGUGUGCCGUAAAAACACCCUGGACACCAAAAGACGUAGAACAGACAUUGAUAAGGAGUUUGCCCUCCUAUUCAUGGUGUUUGAUGAAAAUGAGUCCCACUACCUGGAUGAAAACAUUAAGACUUAUCUCAUUAAAACGGAUACUGAUAGAUCUGAUAAUGACUUUAUGGAGAGCAACAGAAUGCAUAGUAUUAAUGGAAAGCUGUAUGGUAACUUGCAUGGGUUAAACAUGACAGAAGGCGACAAGACUGAGUGGUAUUUGCUAGGACUGGGGAACGAAGUGGACAUGCACACUGUGCACUUCCAUGGACAGAGCUUCAUUUACAGAAUGGAUCAUUCCCAUCGUGCUGAUGUAUAUGACCUGUUUCCAGGGACGUUUCAGACCAUAGAGCUAACUGCAGGAAUACCUGGGCAGUGGUUGCUACACUGUCAUGUUACUGACCACAUGCAUGCUGGCAUGGAGACACUUUUUACUGUUAAUUCUAAAGCAAUUGGUAUUUGGAAGGGUCGGAGCAGAGCUUUCAGUCAUUUUGAAAUCCACUCCACUUUGAUGCUGUGUUUACUUGGAUUGGUCCUGCUAUGUCUUGUAAAAUACUAGAAACAUGUGACCAUAUUGCAAUUAGAAUUAAUAGUGUAUAAUAAUUGUAUGAAAAUAAUUAUGAAAAUGAAAUGGAUUUUUUUUAUUAUAUAUUCACCUUGGAAAACAUCUCAUUGUAACUACAAAUAUUGACUGGUGAUACUGAUUAAUAUAAUUUAUUUUACUGUGAAUUUUUCUGCUUUAAGUGAUCCAAGGACAUGUCAUAUUUAGAAGUAGUUGUUUAAUUUUGCUUGAACAUAUUCAUACAACUUCUAUGUGGGAAAUCAAACCUGUGUGACGUUCAGUUGUCACUAAAUAACCCUCAUUUCACCAACCGCAUUCUGCACCCACAGUUCUCAGCCUGGCCCUGCAUGUAAAACUGUAUUUACCUAAGCAUAGAUGAAUAAUAUGUGCUCUGUACAUGGUAAUGACAUAUCAUAAGCCUCAAACACAAUUGUUUUCUCCUUCUUAUGUAAACCUUGUGCAUGCAAACAACAGCUGGAAAACCGACCAAUCUAAAAAUAACACCGACUGUGACGUUAGAGUCAAGAUGUAUGUGCCCAGCAUUAAAUUACUCUUUAUAUUAAGCACAAUGUUGUAACAAUGCUAAUGCAAAGGACUUUUUCAUAGAGGACUAUGAAAAAUUUAAAGCACUUAGGAAUUUAGGCUAGGCGAUAAUAAAGAAGGCAAAAAGUAAUUUUAUAAAAGAACAAAUUGAAAUAAACAAGGAGGACCCUAAAUCUAUGUGGAAGGUGCUUAAUAGAUUUCAAUUAACAGAUAAAGCAAAUGUAAUAGCAUCUAAAAUAUGAUUAAGUAUAGAUGGUGAAAUAAAAUAUUAUAAAGGAAAAGUAUAGCUUAUAAAUUCAAUCAAUUCUUUUCAUCAAUUGCAAAGAGAUUAGGGAGUUUAUGGAAUUGAGUUUGUCAAAAGUUUUUAUUUUAAAUAAGGGAGUAUUGCCUAACUCAUUUGGAUUUAAUGAAGUUACGGUAGAUGAAAUUACUAAGAUCUUAGAAGAUCUUCAGGUGACUAAGGCAUGGGUUAGAUGACAUGAUCCAGGUAAUUAUAAUCCAGUUUCAAUUCUUAGUGUGGCAUUAAAAAUCUUAGAAAGGUUUGUUUAUAAUCAGAUGUAUCAAUAUGUAUGUAAGAAUAGUUUAAUUUAUGAUUUUCAGUCAGGUUUUAGAAGAUCGUAUUCGACAUCAUUAUUACAUUUAACAAAUUUUAUAGGGAAACAGAUUGAUAGAGGUAGGAUGUGUGGAAUGAUACUCUUGGAUCUCCAAAAAGCUUUUGAUACUGUGAAUCAUUCCAUUUUAAUUGAUAAAUGAAGUGUCAUGGGUUUUUCAAGUAACGUGAUUGCCUGGUUGAAAUCUUAUUUAUCUGGGAGAGUACAAAGGGUAGAGAUUGAUGGGAUUUUAUCCGAAGAAAAUAAUAUUAUUACUGGAGUUCCUCAGGGAAGUGUUUUAGGCCCUCUUUUAUUUAUUUUGUACAUAAAUAACUUAGAAGCUCAGUACUUGAGUAAAUGCACUUUGUUACUGUUCUUUACCGUAUUUUUUGGGGCUACUUUGUACUUGUACUGAGUAUCAAAAAUAUAAGCAACCUUUACACUCUACUCAACUACAUUUUCUUUACACCACUACAUUUGAACUGACACUCCGUUAAAACAGAGGCAGAGGUAAAAAUCUACUCGGCAGGACAUCAGCUUGCUGCGUAUGUCAUAAACUGUACAGAAAUGUUAACAUCUGGUCUGAGAGAAGAGAUAAAGAGCAGACAUAUGGAUGCAUAUCACAUUUGAUUCUGUCAAGGGACCCUUUGUUAAACUUGUGAUCCUACAAUCAAAACAAAUGAGAAGCGUGAUUGCAGGAGGGUCAUCCCGCAACUCAAAGGCACAAAUGUUUUAUGUAAGGGAUAAUGUAGAGGCAGCCAGUAUUGGGAAAUAAGCCCCGACAGUGUGAUCAGGACCUGACCCGAAGCGGAGGGUCUUGUAUCACACUGAAGGGGCUUAUUUACCUGAUAACUACCGACUGCCUCUACAUUAUCCUGCUUAUUACACGGCUACUUGCCACAUAAGAAAAAAACUGGACAUGAAUAUGAAUUUGAAACAUUUUAUUGGUUUAUUUGUUUUAAAUUAACAUUUUUAUCCUUCCGCGAAACUUUGCACAGAUGCAUAAAAUGAUCAUAAUACCUUAAGAUCCUCUGCUUCAUACUUGUCUGUCUCCAUUUUUUUCUCUUUUAGCCAGUCUUUGAGAAGUUUUAAUGCACAUUCUGUAUUUUUUUGUGUGUUGGCUUCGUAGCUGUCAUGCUCUAUUUAAAAGGGAUUUAAAACAUACAAGUAGCACCAGCUAUGCGUUAUUACUUUGGAGCGGUUAUUUGAAAAGAACGAACCUGCAAAUGUCUCAACUGACCAAUCAGAAUCAAGCAUUCCAGAGAGCCGUGUAAUAAAUAUUGAUGUUUAUCAGCUAACCUGAGCUAGUACAUAACUUGAUAUAAUUUACUAUAUAAUCCAAAAUAAACCAGCGAUGUCCUGUACUGAUUGCCUGAGUAAUUUAAGUACAUUAUAAGAUUGAUAAUAAAUGUACAAUUUCACUGUCCUCACAUUUAAUCAAGUAUGCUGUUAUGCUGUAACGUAUUUACUGUAAAGAGGGAUGCAUGACUGAAGAAACGUGUAGUGCACUUAAUGUGAGAUAGUGGUGUUACGUAAUACAUGUGUUUUAAAUUAAUCUUACAAAUGAACAACUUUUAACUGUAACAACAUGCUGGAGUCUAAUACUGGAAUUUUUGAAAUAUUAAGAUAAAAUUUUAAUCAAAAGACUGUGACUAUGUUUAAUCUGUGUUUGUUUUGCCAUGUCGAAAUAUUGAGGUGUUUGAUUUGUUUUCUAUAUUAGGAAGUGAAACCUUAUGAAUAAACUUUAUUGUUUUUCACUGA